GAGAAGUAAGGGAGGAGCAGGCACGCGAUGGGAGGCCGCAGGAAAUCCAAGAGAUUAAUUUCUGUCAAUGAGGAGAAAAUGAAUCACAGCGUUGAAACAAACAUUGUUGAUGAUUUUGAUAACCGUCCUUUAAAAAAACCAAAAUGUUCUGAAUCAACCGUUCCGGAUGAGCCAUUGCCAUCACCUCCAUCACCAACCAACUCAACAUUAUCUCCAGUUUCUGAAUUGUACAAUGAAGAAUCAGUUUUAGAAGAUUCUGAGAGAACAUUUUCAACAGAGCAACCAGAUGAACCUAAACCAACCAACUCAGCAUUAUCUCCAGUUUCUCAAUUGAACAAUGAAGAAACAAUUUUAGAAUAUGGUGAGAAUAAAACAUUUUCAGCAGAGCAACCAGACAAACCUUCAGCAGAGCAACCAGAUGAACCUAAAACAACCAACUCAGCAUUAUCUCCAGUUUCUCAAUUGAACAAUGAAGAAACAAUUUUAGAAGAUGGUGAGAAUAAAACAUUUUCAGCAGAGCAACCAGACAAACCUAAACAUAUAAUAAAUAACGUGAUAUACGAGUAUAUCCCACAAGACUACACAAUUACCCGAGAUGAUGAAUGUGCUCAUGAUGUUAUACUAUUCUCUUCGGAAGAAGAAAUAUUGGUGAAGAUAGAAGACGUAUCUGUCAAACAACGCUAUUUGGUGUGCCUCCUAGAUAAAGACAAAUGGCUAGACGAUGAAGUAAUCAGCGCAUACAUAUGUUGUCUAAAGGAGCAAGCGCACGCGCAAAAUCAGAAUGAUGAUACCGUAUUUUUUGAGAAUCCCUUUGUUACCAGACUUUUGAAACGGGAUGGUGAAAUUGGAAUACUUGGGCCUACCUCAGUGACAAAUAUUGUCAAAAACUAUCUCAACCAUGACAUGAUACAUCUUCCAAUAAAUAUCAAGGUCUCGCAUUGGUAUUUAGCUUCCAUCAAUUUUGAGAAAUCCGAGAUACAAGUACUCGACUCAUUGUGUUGGGAACACAACUGA